AUGUGCGUUUACAAAAAUCUGUAUCUAAUGGCCUCUAAUGGGUAUCUUCCUACCCUCGUGUUUCGUCCAGAACAAGGAUUGAAUAGAGUACCCAAGGACUCUCAGCGUCUGUUGCCUAAUUAUGAACUACGGGAAGACUUGAUACGUUCAAGUCCCCUGAAUAUGGGUUCAAAACAAAUUGGGGAUCCAUGGAAAUCAACAUACGGGCUAUUCAACAACAACAACAACAACAACAACAACCAGUUUGUCACAAUUGACCCCACUUUUACAAAACCUGUACUCAUCGACAUGCAAGAUUGUUGCCCAAACUCGGAGCUUUUCAGCUUUAAGUUUGUGAUGCCUGGAUUACUUGAAGUAGAAAAAGAUGGACAUGGAGUAGAUCUGUCAUUGCUUUCCAACCUAACCGGGCUUCAAACUGAUUACAAACCAUAUGUUCCCGAUUUGGGUUAUACGGAUUCACGGCUUAUAUAUCCAAAUCCAGAAUUUGAUUCCCAGAAGCCAUUGAUGGACUUAUUUGGUGAUCUUGUUCGACAUUCUGAAAUAACAAUCCAUGAAGAUGGACUCGUGUCAUUGACUGGGACUAAGAAAGAGAUGAAGGACAUACUUUCGAUUCUUUCUGAGUUUUACUUGUCAAAGAACUCGAAUAACUGGAGAAGACACUCAACUUUGGUACCACAGUUUGAUAGGCUGUGGUUUGAUGAAACAAGCUAUUAUGGUUCUGCUUUGGAGAUUGAAAACGUGAUCAUUUCUCCACAAAAGAGCCCAGAGAAGAGCAAACAGAAGGCAUCACAGAAAAAGAAAAGCAACCGUAACAAGACAACAAUCAGACAAAACACAAGCAACUACAGUGAAGCUUGUGAAAGCCUUUUAUCAAUCAUUUUUGACAAAAACCGCAACAGCAGUAAAGCUGCAAUUCCCAUGUUAAAAAAAUCGGGUCCCGACCUACCAAACCUUCUAACCCAAUUCUCAGCCAGCAUUGCGGGAACCGGAAUCGCGGUUCUUUUUUCGAGCAGGAGCUUUGAUGAUGGUGAUGGUGCUGAGGCUUGCUUGAAUUGGAGGCAAACUUGAAAUAGUUAUAGCAAAUUAACGAAUGAAGUUGGGGUAGAGCCAGAGGUGCUGACAGGAUAAAAAGGCAAGUAUAUUGAUAAGUGCCAAUUUGAGAUGGCAAGUCUCCCAAGAAGUCAGAUGAGUUUGGAGCAAUUUUCUGUUUUUAAUUCAUAUGCAAAAGAAGGAAAAUUACAUUCUAUCUAGAAACUAGGAAUGGGAAAUGGUCAAAAGACCUUAUGCAUGCAUCUAAACGUGGCCUAAUAUCUUGCCACUACAUAUGAAACUAAGGAAAGACUCAAUCAACUAAGACUUCUUCUUAUGCACUACUUUAGUCCAUUAAUCUAGCAGGUUUACGCAGGCUUUCACAAAAAAAACCGGUUUACGAUCCGAACCGGUGACCGAACCGAAAACCGGUUCACCCUUGAACCGGUCCAUUGUUGAACCGAUCCGAUGUCUAACCGAACCGUCAGUUUGUAGUAAUUAGGACUUCUAGCCAUUCGAACCGGUUUUGAACCGGUCUAGAAAACCGGCUUUGAACUGAUUUUGAACCGGUCUUACAAAUUAAUCAUGCAUAUAUUAGCCAUGAUAUCCUAAGAAACAAAACAAACCAAAAAAAAAAAAAAAGCAA